AUGUUGAGAGGGCACGUCUCCCACGGUCACGGUAGAGUUGGCAAACACAGAAAGCAUCCAGGUGGUAGAGGUAAGGCUGGUGGCAUGCACCAUAUGAGAAUCAACAUGAACAAAUAUCAUCCAGGAUACUUCGGAAAGUGUGGAAUGAGACAGUUCCAUCUUCUCAGAAACCACCAAUACCAACCCAGUGUCAACCUUGACAAACUCUGGUCAAUCGUCUCUGAGGAAACCAGAAAGAAGGCUGCUGCAAGCAAGGACAAGGCACCUGGUUAUUUCAAGGUUCUCGGAAAGGGAGCUCUUCCCAAGAUUCCAGUUAUUGUCAAGGCAAAGCUUUUCUCAAAGACUGCUGAAAGAAGAAUUAAGGAAGCUGGUGGAGUCUGCGUUCUCACCGCAUGA